UAACACAGUGGGGACGUACGCCACACGAAGUUAGCCAAACCAAUUCCAAGAAGCCAUCAUGUGUUUUACACUCUCUAUUUAAAUCCCGGAAUUUUUUGUACGCAAAGUUGGUAUUUCAUUGAAGCAAAUUUAAAUCCGCUGCCUCUGCAUUAAAUUCAUUCUUUUAUCACCUGUUUCGGGAAUACCUUGACUCAUUAUCCGCGCGUAUAACUCCAGGCGGAAAAAAGUAAACUUGAAAGACGAGUAGCUCGUAUCUGUUAGUACAACAAACAUCGUCAAGGCAGACGGGCGCGAUGCGGUCUUUCCAAAUAAAUUUCUCAGUGGUUUGUUUGUGUCUUUUCUCGUCAUACAUCAAUGGACAACGCCAAUGCUCAACCCCUAAUGGAGAAAUAGCCGCUUGCAUUCCAAUUCGGUCUUGUACGAGGUUGUACGACGCCGUGACUACCCAGGACAAGCAGCAGCUACGCUUCCUCAAGGAGUCUCAAUGUGGGACACGCGGAGGACCGCUGGUGUGCUGCGGGUCGUACGAUAAUUACCGGUCGUGGGGUUCGGACGACGUACCCUACGGGGAUGACUCCUUCGACUGGGGGGGUACCACAAGAAAAACGAAUGUGCCCUCGUGGGGUGAAGACGACGAUGAUAGAAGUUGGGGGGGUAAUAGAAGAACCACCACGAGUACUAACCGGGGUAAUGGUAACCGGAGGGGCGACAACAAUCGCCGCCCAGGUGGUACCAAUAACAGAAGGACAAGUUCUGAGGAGUUUGGUGGUUGGGGUGAAGACACAUUUUCAAACAGAAGACCCGAAACUAACGCUGGAAGACCAAACCAAGGUUCAGGCGGCAAACUUCCCGAUAGGUCCUCUUGCGGUUUUCAGGACGUGGAUCGAAUUCUGGACGGUCAAGCCACAGGUCUGCGAGAAUUUCCAUGGAUGGCACUGUUACAGUACCGUAAGAAAUCCGGAAAUCUUGUCUUUUCGUGCGGUGGUACCCUCAUUUCGUCCCGUUACGUGCUAACCGCAGCACAUUGCGUCCGAGGUCAAAUCCUCACAAAAAUCGGAGCCUUGGUAAACGUACGCCUCGGAGAGUACAACACCGAAACGGACAGAGACUGCAGCAACCAAUUAGGUUUCGAAAUUUGCAACGACAAGCCCGUGAACUCACAAAUCGACAAUAUCAUAGUGCACCCCGAUUACAACGACGACAGCGCCGACAGGCACAACGACCUCGCGCUAAUUAAACUAAAACGGGAAAUACAAUUUUCGGAUUUCAUCAAACCCAUUUGUUUGCCGUCGAGGGCUGAAAGGCCUAGAACUGGAGACAGACUGGUGGUAGCAGGAUGGGGCAGGACUGAAUUUGCUAGUAGUAGUCCCGUGAAGCUAAAGUUGUGGGUACCAGUAGCUGAAACGUCUCAAUGCAGUACUAAAUUUAGGUCGGCUGGGGUAAAUCUGGGAAACAAACAACUGUGUGCUGGAGGAGAGCUCGGUAGGGACUCUUGCAAUGGUGACAGUGGAGGACCUUUAAUGGCAACGACUAAGAAUGACUCGGCUCAAUGGUACCUCGAAGGAAUCGUGUCGUUUGGAGCCAGAUGUGGGAGUCAAGGGUGGCCGGGAGUCUACACCAAGGUGGGAGAAUACAUAGACUGGAUCAAAAGCAACGCUGUUUAAAAAAAAAUAGCGAUGUACAUAACUAGAGUCUGACAAGAGUUUAUUUAUUACAUGCGAUGACGUUCAAACCAUGCAAAUCCUGGAUGUUCGUACCUCAUUUUCAUUUUGUAUUGAGAAAAUAGAAUAAAUAUUUGUACAUUAUAAUAUAAAUAUAUUUUUGUGCAAUA